AUGAUGCAAGCUGAUAUUUCGUUCGAAAACACGGAGUUACGAAAUUCUGAUCGCGUUAGUUUUCGUGAAACUUAUUUAGAGAAAGAUCGUUUUGCAGAAACUCAUUCUUUCAUUGUUCAUUAUUUAAAUGAACAGAAAAAGAUAAAAAAUAUCACAUUCAACUGUGCCAAUGAAAUCAUCCAACAUGCGUUCGCUUGCUUUGAUCGAUAUCAUUUCAACGAAAACAACGCAAUUCUGACGUAUUUUGACUCCGAUGAAAACUUAACUUUAUUAACUACUGUGCCCAGUCCUCUUGAAGACGGUCAAGCUUGGAAUCUUUAUAUCAAAUAUGUUUCUCCAAUCUGCUUCAUGUGCAGUAAUCCAUUUGGUAUCAUCGAUGAAGAACUUCUUUUAGAAUGCCCAAAUGAUAAAUGUAGCCAACAGUACUGCAGUUCAUGUGUGAAUGCUAUUCGGGGAGCUUCGUGUCAAUAUCCUUUUGCAUGUGCUGAUUGUAAACAAAAUGUAACUCCGAAACGGAAUAAACUAAUCGAGGAGUAUUUAAUUUGGCCAAAUUUGGGAAAGUUGUAUGGUACACGAAGUUUACUUAGUUUAAAAAACAAAUCUGAUUCACUCUGUUAUCAAUCUGUUUUGACAGAUAUUAAACUUCGAUAUACUCAUCUUCAGUCUCGAUUAUGUACAUUCAGUCAAAAAUUUCGUUCGAACUUUCCUCCGAGCAGUAAGGACGAAGAAUUGGUUACCAGCGCUGAAGAUAUUUGUCAGAAAUUAACAAUUAUAUUAGCGAAAACGGAAAGUUUGAAAAAGGAGAUCGGUGCUCGUCAAACAACGAUUUCCUUGACAUUGGAAAAGUAUAAGAAAGGAAUGAAACAUUUCGAUGACCUCUGUGACAAGAUGCUGACUACCAUUCAAGAAAUCGAAAAUGUACAAAUCGACACAGUUAAAGAGUACCAUAUGGAUGAACUCCAGGCACUUCCAUCCGAAUCGAAUAUAUUUUCGAUUGAUAAGAUUCUCGAUGAUGUUGCUUUCCGUAGUGAAUUAAUUUGGCAAUAUUAUGGCAAAGUGAAAGUGUUAUUUGAAACACAUUCUUUGGAUAAGCAACGUGCAGCGAAGAAUUUCGAAAAAGUCGAGAAAAUGAUAAGUAUGCUAAAGGAAAUGAAAGAAACGUUACUUUUCUUUCGUCAGAAAUGCGUUGAUGUAUCACUCUUGAUAGAUGAAUACUUCUCAUUAUUAUCGGAUCAAACAAUACCGAACAUUCCCAAUUCUCGAUUUAUUCUUCUCAUGGAACGACUACGUAUCCGAAUCGAGAAAAUUGAAGUAGCUUGUCUGUUCCCUCAAACAAUACAACUGAUGUCCGCAUGGGAAAACGAUUACGGAAUUGACGAUAGUUUCAAACCGAAACUAAUCGAUCUUUGUCAAGCCGUCGAAAACGAUAUUAAAACUCUAUACGAUGGAACUAACUAUACUUGCUCGAUUCCAUUUAAAAUCGGUGCUAUUGGUGAUACAAGUGCUGGCAAAAGUGCGUUGAUCAAGACUCUUUCCAAUACCGAGCACACCAGUGUAACAAUUCUCUCACAGCGAAGCACAUUUGGUUAUUUACAAAUUGAUACUGUUUUAGAAAAUCCCAAAUCAAAGUUGCGUGUACCAUUCAGCUUCUUUGAUAUCGAAGGAGCGAUCGACAACGAUCUUGAGCGAGCUCUUAUCAACUAUUUUGAUAUUAUCACAAAAACAGAUUGUGAUCUUUAUAUGAUUGUGUAUGACAAACCAUUGACUGCUUUUAAUUUACAAUGUUUUGAUUAUGUGACAAAUGUGUUACAACGCAAGUGUAUUUUCGUUCGAAGUAAAUCCGACAUAUUAUUCAGACAACUGUAUCAAGAUGAGAAUGGACAUGAGUACAACAAAGAAUCUUGUCGUGAUGAUGUGGUCAAUGUUGAUAAUGUGCUUCGAAAGAUGCGUACGCAAGCAAAGAUCACUUAUAAAGAUGAAGAAUUAUUCCAUCCCGUUUUUUUAACAGCUGCUGGUCAAAAUAAUGAUUUGAACGAGACAAAAGUUGGUAAAUUUGAUUUGGAAAAAGUGAAACAAAUGAUAUUCAGAUUAGCUCUGAACGAUUGCCGAAUCAAACGUAUCUAUAGACUUGCUGUUCUUCUAUCCAAACAUAUUGUGAAUACCUGUUUCCGUCGUGGUUAUGCGGUUUCGCAAGGUUCAUAUCGAUUAUUAUCUGCUGGGUUAAGCAUAAUUCCUUUUGCUGAUGAGAUCUCCAACUAUAUGGGCAAAAACAAAAUCUGUCAAGCUCUCGGUGCGUAUGAUAAUUCAACAGCGGCGAAUGCGCCUUUUCAAAAAGAUCGUGUACAAGAGUAUUUAAUCCAACACAAAUUCAUAAUUCCCAAAGGCGAACUCAAAUCAGGUUGUUUUCAGUAUUUAAUCGCAAAAGAUUCCGAGACAACGAAAUCGGUGGCAAAUGAAAUCAUGGUAACUUCGAUAUCAUCUGAAAAUCAAACAGAUAACAGCAUGUAUCGAACACGAAUUUCUUCCGCGAGUGUCACUCUUGCUAGUAUGGCGGCGAUACGAGUUUCAGACGAUGUCAUACGCGCGACAGUUCCAGUUGCUGUAGGUACAGUGAGAGCCGCAUCUGUUGUUGGCAUUCUGACCGGUGCUAUUCUCACUCCUGUUAUUGCAACUUGGGCAUUCGUAAACACUGGAAAAUGUAUGAAUAAUUAUCUUCAUCAACUCUGUGAUGACUUUCAAUGUGUUCUACAAUACUUUAUCGCUAAUGUGUGCAAUCAAUCGUGUCGACAUAUUCAAGCAAUGUUCGAUGCAUCAUUUUCAAACGAUGAAUAUUCGUCCUCCGACGAGGACUAA